AUGUCAAAGAUCUUUCCACCAAAUUUUCUACCUCCACAUACCGUGGAGAAAUCAGAGAAACCUUCACUUAAGAGUUUCUUGGAUUUCCGUUUACAAGAAGGUGAUUUAGAACGAGAGGAAACGGAACACAGUCGAUAUAGGGGUGAACUAAACACCAUUCUCAAUUAUCAUGCUGAAGCGCCAGAAAUUAGGGAAGAAGUGCAACAGGUGUUAAGGAAUUUCCAGGUAAAUAUAUUUUAUUUAGGUUAUACUGUCAUAGACUACCCUGCUGGUUGCGUGCUGGCAGUGGAAAAGGUCGCGUGCUUGUUGUGGAAAAGGUUGCGUGCUUGUUGGUUAGUGUACAGUGUCGGUAGACUACUUUGUGGGUUGCGUGCUUACAGGGGAAAGGACGAAAAAAAAUCAAAGGAAGUAAAUAGUUUUUGGGAUCUGCAAGUUAAGCAACAAAUCAUUCAUGAACCUUAA